GAACAAAUUCAUUCAUUGAUUCAACUGAAGACUAUUCUUCUGGAGACACCAAGACGAAGACAACCCAACCCCACCCAUCCAUCCACACAAAUACGCCUCCCUUCCUCCUUCCUGCAUUUCGCAUUUCUUCUCAGCUCAAUCAAGAAUUUGGAGAGAGGAUGUCAAGUGGGGGAACACAAAACAGUUUAAGGAAAACUCUCGGGGCUCUUAAGGACACUACCACGGUUAGUUUGGCGAAAAUUAACAGCGACUACAAGGAUUUGGAUAUUGCCAUUGUGAAGGCAACAAAUCAUGUCGAACGCCCGGCAAAAGAGAGACACAUAAAAGCUGUAUUUGCUGCUAUAUCGGCCACUCGGCCACGAGCUGAUGUUGCCUAUUGCAUACAUGCCCUUGCUAGGAGAUUGGCGAAGACUCAUAAUUGGGCGGUUGCCCUGAAAGCUUUGAUUGUCGUACAUCGUGCCUUGAGAGAGGUGGACCCGACUUUCCAAGAAGAAGUGAUCAAUUAUGGUAGGAGCAGAAGUCAUAUGCUCAAUAUGGCUCAUUUCAAGGAUGACUCCAGUCCGAAUGCAUGGGAUUAUUCUGCUUGGGUGCGUGCUUAUGCUUUAUUUUUGGAGGAGCGGCUAGAAUGUUUCAGAGUAUUGAAAUAUGACAUAGAGGCAGAUCGCUCGAGAAUGAAAGAUCUCGACACUCCAGAUUUACUCGAGCACUUACCUGCAUUGCAACAAUUGCUUCACCGUGUGCUUGGCUGCCAGCCACAAGGAGCAACAGUUAAUAAUUUUAUCAUUCAGCUGGCCCUUUCCAUGGUUGCUUCUGAAAGCAUCAAAAUAUACAAUGCAAUAAGUGAUGGCACCGUGAAUUUGGUCGACAAGUUUUUUGAGAUGCAAAGGCAGGACGCCCUCAAGGCUUUGGAUAUAUAUCGAAGGGCCGGCCAGCAGGCUGAGAAAUUAUCGGAGUUUUAUGAAAUAUGUAAGAACCUAGACGUUGGUCGUGGAGAACGAUAUAUCAAGAUUGAACAGCCUCCGGCAUCUUUCAUACAAGCUAUGGAAGAGUAUGUUAGAGACGCACCUCGUGCUUCUACAGCUCGAAAGGAUUCGGGCGAAAAACCUAAAGCUAUCCUUGCCAUUGAGUACAAAAAGAGUCCGGAGGCGAACGAAGAGCAUCCAACAUCACCGCCUCCGCCGCCACCCGAACCACAACCCGAAGUCGAAACUGUCAAAGAGGAGAUUCCUGCUCCCAAAGCAGAACCUGAUUUGCUGGGCCUGCACGAGCCGCUUCCGGCUGCCUCAGAGCUCGAUGAGAAGAACGCUAUGGCGUUGGCUAUUGUGCCAGUCGCUUCGGGACAAUCCCAUACGACUGCGCCGAACCCAGCAAAUGGAACUUCCGGCUGGGAACUCGCACUCGUCACCGCUCCGAGCUCCAACGAGACCGCUGCCGCUACUAGCAAAUUGGGAGGAGGUCUGGAUAAACUCACGCUCGACAGCCUAUAUGACGACGCAAUCAGAAGAAGUAACCAGAACGUAAGCUACAACCCGUGGGAACAAUCCCCGAUGAUGCCCCCGCAAAUGAGCCACGACCCGUUCUACGCGUCAAACGCCGUCGCUGCGCCCCCGUCGGUGCAAAUGGCUGCCAUGUCCCACCAGCAACCCGGGUUUAUGUACCCGCCGCAACAAUCGAUGAUGAUGGCCGUCCAGCAGCCGAUGAUGAAUCCUUUCGGAAAUGCCUAUAAUGCCGGUGGACAAAUUUACGGCCCAGGUAUGCCUGUUCAAACUCAUCACAAUCCUUACUCGGGUCUCAUAUAAAUCGGGGAAUCGAAUGGAAUCGAAAUUCGAUUCGUAUCGAGCUAGUUCGGGGAAAUGAUCGGUGUAUGAUAUAUAUUGUUCGUUCGAUGUUGUGUGAGCGAUUGGGAGUCGAGUAGAUCCGAGCCGAUCCGAUCGUUGGAUAUAACUCUUGGUCCAUGAUUCGGUUCCUUUUUUUUUUUUUUGGCAAUAAUUUUUAUGGUCAUAGAUUUGUUGUGUGAGUGUGGCUUUUCAGUGAAGAACAGAUAUUUUAUUUUUUAUUUUUGAAUUUUCGGAAGUAUUUUUGUGGUGUGGAUAAUAUUCAUUCUUGUUUUCAAUUUGUUGUAACGUGUAGUUAUACUUUUAGUUUAUUUUUUUCAAUGAAGAUGAAGAAAUUGGUCAA